CGAUGCGAAAGAAAGUGUAUCUUCGGUAAGAAGCUGGCCUCUGAGACAUGCGUAUGCUACCACGGCUACUGGGGACUGGAAUGCUCAAACACCUGCCCUGGCGGAGCUGCGAACCCAUGUAACAACAACGGAAUGUGUAAUGUCAUCACAGGAGAGUGUGAAUGUAAUGUUAAUUAUAAUGGAACGCAGGACUGUGGCAAAUGUUCUCUAGGGUGGCAUGGCUUUGAUUGUUCCUUGGCUCUUGUAUCACUCAACUUGAACCGUCAUAUCUCCAUCGGCAUGUCAUCGACUGGCGGCCAUUAUGUCUCGUUUGAUGGCUACAGCUUUACUCUUGUGUCCCUGGGUCAAUUUUAUCUGAUGAAUCUACCUGACCUGUCAUUCCAGAUUCAAGUUCGCCAUGUCCCCUGCAGACAGCAGACGGUUUGUGUGAAUGCCAUAGGAAUACGGAUUACGUCGACUGUAGUUUCUUUUCACGCUCCUUACACUACCGGUGGAGCUCCAGUAAUCUGGGUCAAUGGAAAGCUUCUACUUCUUUCAGGAUUGAUUUCCACACUAGGAUCACCACAUCUUGGCAUCCUACUGAAGUACAAUGGGCGCAACUACUAUCAAAUUAUUUGGAAAGACAAUUUUGCCAUGGCCAUUCGAAUUCAUGGUCGAUACUUGAGUUUUAAAGUCGACGUCUCGUCUGCUUAUUGCUAUAACUCUACAGGCUUACUUGGAUCCUGCGAUAACGAGCCCGACAACGAUCUCAAAGUUAGCUCCAAUGGAAGUAUCAUACCCGCAAAUGUCACUCAGCCCGUCUUAAAUACAGAAAUUGGAAGUCAUGCCAUUGUGUAUGACAAAGACAGUUUGAUCGUUCUUAAAUAUGAGCAUUACCACGAAACACGACUACCAACUGGAGGUAUGUAUGCCCUUCUGUUUAAUAAGACAGGGGCCUCAUCGAAACCACUGAUAAAAACGUUCAACCUCAAUGUAGAUAUAACGCUUGAAAUUCUGCUGAAGCCGUACCAAUUCAGUGGAACAAUCUUCUCUUAUGCAGUCUUACAAACGUUUGCAGUUUUGAUUGAAAGUUCACUUAGAAUUCACUUUGGAAAAGCGAUCAUUGAUACGGGCGUGAAUGUGACUAUCAACCAAUGGAGCCACGUAUCACUUGUUUGGUACCACAAGUCUCGAGUGCUAGAGUUUUAUCACUUCAACUUUAAGGGGAAAGUGCAACGACGAUCCUACGUGCUCCCGUCAAAUCCAUUUCUACCAGGCGGUAUUCUUUCCCUCGGACAAUGGGAGCUGUCUCCUGGAGACAGCGAAACUCAUACGGUCGCAUCUUUUGUUGGCACCAUUGACGAGAUCCGUGUAUGGAAGCGAGCCUUUAAUCCUGCAUUUAUACUUCAGAACUGGCGAAUGAAUGUUGUCCCCACUCAUCCUGACCUCACUGGGCUUUGGAAAAUGAACGAAGGUGAAAGUGACGUCAUAAUGAACCUUGUGACCGACGAACACAUCUAUCUACCGAGAUCACCAUGGCAACAGCCACACUGGGUAUUUUCUGAUGCUGACAUCAACACGAACUUAACAUCAUCCGAUAAACCGUUCGAAAUGCACUUUCUCAAUAAGACGUUAGAGAAGAUGGCAAAGGCUUUCUGUUUCGAGCUGUUCUACAAGAGUACACUUCAUGAUCAGUGCCACGGCCAGUUAAAAUCUGAGCUGGAAUUUCAUUACCUUGUUUGCUUGAUAGACAUUGCAACAACCGACGACAUCAGUGCAGCCCUGACAGUUAUAGUUACCUUCGCUGAUCACUGUCAAGCUGUCUUGAACUAUAGUACCUGGCCAGCUCAGCCACUAUGCAAUAAGUUCCCUGGAUCCCACUUCCCCCUGUGGAUUGGAGACAGGUGCGACAUAAAAUGCGUCUUUGGUGCUGCGGAUCCUGAUGAUCGUAACCUAUGCAUCUGUAUGGAAGGCUACUGGGGAAGCGAUUGUUCACAGAUAUGUCCAGGUGGACUGCUAAAUAUUUGUGGAGGACACGGUUGGUGUGAUAGUUCAACUGGACAUUGUCAGUGCCAAGUGAACUGGAGAGGAAACGAAAAUUGUAGUAGCUGUAGUCCAGGAUGGAAUGGAACUGAUUGUCAAUUUGCCGUGGAACUUGUCACUGGUAUAACAUCACAAACCGUCUUAGUUGCAGCUAUCGGAGGAAAUGGCUACUUUACAACAUUUUUUGGCGUCAGUUUUACCUACAGAGUGGUAGGUGAGUUCUAUGUACUGCGGUCUGCUUCCCAAAAUUUCGUCAUCCAGCUUCGACAAGCACCAUGUCCAAUCGAUGGCAGUUACAUCCCGCUUUGCACAACUGGUUUCUCGUUUAGUCUGAAUAAUAAUGUCAUUGCCAUCCGCGCGCCAGUUGCUACGUUUUCAAGAACUGUUCCAAUCUUUCCUCUCAUUUGGUUGAAUGGAAAUGUGGUACAAGUUGACCACAGGACGCAACUAUCGGUGGACUUUGUCAUGUUGCGUAUCUCCACGGUCGCAUUUGAGAUCUACGGUCCAAACGGUGUGAAAUUUGGUAUAACUGUGGGACAUAGUCUUUCUGUAACUAUUCACCUGCCAGCCAUAUACUGUCGAAACUCCACAGGCCUUCUUGGCGCAUGUACAGGCGUCUCCUUUAACAACUCGAACAGUCUUGAAUCGUACAUCACCUCUCUGAAGCAUAAUUCAGUAGUUGACAAGUCACAAACAUUGUUUAUUUACAAGUACCUGCAUUACUCUGAAUACCGAAGUCCAUCUGGUGCAGGAUUUAAUCUAUUUUUCAGGGAUCACUCGGUGCGCUCAGGCCCCCUACAAUUACCUCCUGUUGAUGUGCUAACAAUUGAACUGCUUAUAAAAACCCACCAAACAGGAGGAAUCAUCUUCUCGUAUUUAAGCCAAAACAUCUUUGCUGUCAUCGACAAUACAACACUAGAAAUUAUCUACAAUGGCUCUGUUUUUGACACUGGGCUUAAACUGGAGAUCAAACAGUGGAAUCAACUCACAAUUGUCUUCAAACAACUCGUUGGGACUCUCUACUUCUACCACGUCAGCUCCUCUGGGGCAGUUAAAGUCCGCGUAUUUAAGUUGGAUGGAAACGUUUUCUCAAACGGCGGUGUCUUGGCACUGGGACAGUGGCAGCCAUCACCCAGCUCGGACAGCAUGCUUCCUCAGUCAAGUUUUGUUGGUGAGAUCGACGAGUUUCGUAUCUGGAAGCGACGGACGAACUCAGACCUCGUGAAAAGCAAUUGGAGAUUGAAUGUACAGGCUGGCAUUUACCCUGAUCUGCUUCACCUUUGGAAGUUCAACCAGGCUAACGGAAGGGUAAUUCCUGACAUACUUGGAAAAAAUGAUCUCUUCCUGACAAAGUUUCAUGAGCCACAGUGGACGUUCUCAGAUGCUGAUAUUCCUCGCUUGAACCCGGAAGAAACAACUUUUGUCAACUUAAGCUUGCAGCGAGAUGCAGAAUCCUUCUGUUUUAGCCUCAUUCUCAGUGGACCGCUGUAUGCUAAUUGCGAAGAUCUCAGUAUUCAAGUAGCACAGUUCUACUACAAAGUGUGCCUGCACGACAUUUCGCUGUCGUCAAAGUUACGUUCGGCCGUUUAUGCCGUGGUCACAUUCGCCGACUACUGCCAGAACACCCUCAACCUAAGCGAGUGGCCAGGAAAAGAACUUUGUCAUCACUUUGUCGACCAAAGAUUUCCCUACUGGAUUGGCUCACGUUGUAAUACGCGAUGCGUAUUUGGGUAUCCCAGGCCAGAUAUAAACUCAACGGAUGGCGUUUCUUGCAAGUGCGAACAAAACUACUGGGGAGUGGACUGUGCAAAUCUAUGUCCGGGUGGGCUAAGGGAAACUUGUAACGGACACGGUGUUUGUAGUGUAACUAAUGGUACCUGCGAGUGCGAACCACACUGGAAAGGGAAUAUAUCGGCUGAAUAUAACGCUCCAAUCGAUGAAAACAAUUCCGUCUCGCCAAUACCAUGUAGCAGGUGCACACCCGGUUGGACAGGAGCUGACUGUGCGAUUGCAGAGGACUCCUCCAUACUGGACAAUUCCUCUAUCCCUAGAAUAGCUAUAAACUUUGGUGAUCCUCAUUUUACGAGUGUGACAGGGGUAAACUUUCACUUCGAAGCUCCCGGUGCGUACCAUCUUUUCAACUCAUCAAUUGUAGAUGCACAGGUGCUGAUAGUUCCAUGUAACAACAGAGUGUCCUGUCGACGAAUCAGUGAGGUUUCCCUCCGCACCUCGAAAACAGAGCUGUCGGUUCGUUACAACGAUUUUGAGACAGUGGUAAGCAGUUUAUUUGAUAAAACAAGCAACACCCCUCAGGAGCUUUCCAAGUCUGAUGAAUGGGUCGAGGAUGCAGAUAUCCGAUACCGUUGGCUAACAGAUAACAUCCUGGAAGUUCGCAUCCAAGAUGAAAUUCAGUUUAACAUUCUAUCUUAUUACGGUACCAUUGGAACAGCUAUUGAAGUUUUAAAACAGAGAGAUCAGACAGAUGGCAUCUGUGGCGAGAAGGAGAGCAGUUGGAUACGACAACAAGGAAACCAAAGCCUUACAUCGGAAAACCAAAUAGCUGAUACUUCUAACAAUGACACAACAGAUCAGCAAGGCCUUACUCAAGCAACGAUCCAAAAAAGACUCAUUACACGGUUCAGAAUCAUGGAGAAGGACAAUUCCUUGACGACAAAAUAUGCCUCGCGCAGUUAUUCUGGGGCUGGCUACAUGUUGGAGUUCUCGUCUGGUAACACUGCUGUUAUGUACGCAAGCAACACAAGUUUGCCAGUUCUCGAUGAGUUUACUGUUGAAAUUUGGGUCUGUUUGACGAAUGCAGGCGAAAGCGUUGCUCGAUUCUGUUCCUCAGAUCAGAGAAACAACACUGAACCCGUCACUGGCAGUCACGCUGUUUUCUCUGUUGUCACCGCUAUUGGGGACUUUGCAAUAGUUUGCAACGACGGACUGCAAGUGAAAUGGGACAAGGAGAAAUUUAUAACGGAUAUUAAUCUUUACGAGGGAGUUUGGACUCAUUUAGCUGUAACGUGGAGGACGAUCGAUGGUCGAAUGCAAGCGUUCGUCUAUUCCAACGGAAAGCAUCGUCAAUCAACAACAUAUGGGAUAAAAAAUGGAAAGCAAUUCUCUUUCAAUGGUCUGUUUAUUCUAGGACGUUACAUGCGAGGCUAUAUGGUAGACAGUGAAUACGACAUGCUUGGAGCGUUGGACGAGUUAAAGGUGUGGCAAUAUGCAAAGACGAUGGAACAAAUCAGGGCGUCCAUGAGCGUCAAGUUCGAGGACUACCGCGAAGGACUGGUAUUAAACGUACCUUUUGACGAAGGAAUGGGGCAAACGACGGUGGGGUACCUUUAUAGUCCGAUUUCUGUUGAAGUAGCACUCUCUCUUUUCGAGGCCCAAGUCGUAAAUGUGACCAAUAUUCAUCUGUUUAUUCAUUCUGGAGACUACCCCGGAUGGGCUCCGUCAGGGGUGCACUUGAGUCCCUUAGCGAACUACAGUCUAGCGUUCCUUAACAAAACUCUGGAAGGAAAGGCCUUAGAGAAGUGUUACGAGUCGUUUUAUGAAGGAAAGCUACAGGAACAUUGCAGUCCGAAACUGGUAUCACAAGCCCUGUUUUACUACGAGUCUUGCCUCGCGGACAUUGCCGAUUCAGGCAGUCUUGCACACAGCAAGCUUUCUGUAAGUCUCUUCGGCUUUUACUGCCAAAAAGUCCUUGGAAUUAAAGAGUGCUUGUUGCACGGAACCUACGACGCUUUCCUACGCUGUCCAGGCGACGACGACAAACAAACCAAAUUCACUCCACUAGAGAUAAUUGUUACGACUGUAUCUUCACUACUCUUCCUUUUAUUUCUGCUUAUCAUACUUAUCCUGGUGUGUCGACGAAGAAAGCGCAGAAAGUCCGAAGUGGAGCAGAUUUACCUACAUGAAGCUGGAGGUGAAAGAUCGCAUAAGUACGUCGCUGAAGAUGAGGGUGACCACCCUCAAGCAUAUUCCAUGAGGCAGAUGUUGGACGAGUACGACUUUGAACCGGACAUGGAUGAUAGCCCACAUGAUACACCAAGCGUUAUGCGAAAACCGCUGGUUCGAAAUCCUGCUGGCGGUGUGCUGCCUGAAGGAGAGGAGGAGAGUGCUGUGUGA